UCUGCCAAUUGUGGGAUCACUUUAGGAAAAAAUGAAUUUUUACAAGAAUUAUUUACAAAAAAUUAGGAGAUGGACUCUCGAAAGUGUUUAUCUUAUAUUACAUGAAGACAUAGUACCAAAACUAAAACAUUAUGUAAAACUUAUAUGCUGUACUGAAUUUAAGGAUGGGUCUUACCAUACAUAUUAUGGAGAUUUGAAAAAAAUUGUUAAUAGUUAUUCUUUCCAUUGGAUCGAUGUUAUGGAUGAGUCUAUCAGAGUAGUAGAUAAACUCUGUUAUAAUAUUAACAAAGAAAAGCUUUUACAUUUAAUGGAACUUACAAUUCACUUACAUCAAGCGAAGCAAGUUGAUUUCGUUAGGAACUUCCUACCAAUCGAAUCAGCUAUUGAAAAACAAACAUAUGAAGAACUAGAACGCAUGUAUAAUAUUUCUAUGGAUAAAUUGUUGAAUUUGAAAGAAACACUCCAAUCCCUCGAUACGCAAGAAAGAGUUGAAAAAUUUGUCAAGGAGCACUUCUCACUAUCGCUAAAAAAUAAAAACAGCAUUUUUGCCUUUACAUACGAAUAUAUUGCAUUAGCACUGGCUAAAAACAUUGAACGAAUUCGAGUCAGUCUAGAAGAAAUUAACAAACGUGUAAGCUCAAACCUAUGUAAUAUUCAAGAUGAAUGCAAUGCUAGCCUUACCAGUCUUCUUUACCAACUUUAUGACAAGAAUAAAGAACACAUGACUAUAUUUAGGCAAGAUAUACGUUCAUCUUUGGAAAUCGCCGAGGUUCAACGAAGUAUAACAAUAAUAAAAGACAAAAUUGAGGACUCUAAGCAUGUUCCAACAGAGCGGCUAAAAGAGGAAGUGGCCUAUUGGCGGGAAAAAGUUAAAGAAUUUUAUGUUAUCUACGACACAAUAAAAAAGUUAAAUGCAGAGAGAGAUAAUUUGACAGCUGCUGAAAUUACUUACAUAGAGGUUUUAGAGAAUCCAGAGAAAACAUAUGAAUCUUCAGAUCAUUUAGAGUUGGGUCAGCGGCAGCGCUUGGAGCGACUUCACAAAUUGAGGCUCAAUGCUGCCAAAUCGCUUUUCACAUUCUUCAGCGUGAAAGGCCCGGACCGAAAAUUCUAUAGUGACCGAAUCGGUACAUAUUACGUGGACGACUAUGGACAUAAAGUUUACUUCUAUGAUUACGGGCUGAACAUGUUUCAUGUUGACUGUAAAGGAAAGUUUGUUGACCUACAAACUAAUGAAAACGAUCUUUACUUUUAUGACUCUUAUGGCCGUUACACGAUUAUAAAUGGCGAAAAAUUAUACCAAGUUGCACCAUGUAGUAGUCUCUAUAAGUUAGAGAACGAUGUUAGAGUUAAAGUUACAAAGGACUGCGGUCACUCAGACCGACCUAACAACGAGUGUAAAAUGGAAGUUAAAGAUCCGUUAGACUUUGAAAUACUGCCGAAAUCUAAACCGGUUGAUAAAAAAGAAAAACUUGAUACAGACACUGUUAAUUACCUAUGGAACAAUUUUGGGCACAUUUUGCCAGACGCAUUAUAUGAUGUUGCAAAAGCACAACCAAAGAAUCCUAUUCACUUCUUGGCACAUAAGCUACUUUACCACAAGUAUAGACGCACUAUAACUGAGAUUGAUAAGGAGAAACAAAAAGCUCAUGAAUAUCGUGAGCUCAUAUUCAGAAAACGUGAAGAGAAAGCAAGAGAGCUUGCAAAGAACUGGAGAGAGAAGCAAGUGAAACCUUCCAAACCCGAGGCGUCAGAUGCUUCCGAGGAAUGGUUUGCUUUCGAAACUUACGUCGCUACGCAGGAG